CCAAACAAGAUUGUAUAUACUAUUCUUUCUUUCCAAAUAAAUUAUUCUUUAUUUUUCUACAAUCAGUACACGAAGCUGUUAUGAAGCGGUUAUUUACGGUUACGGUUAACCGUUCGACCGGUUAUUAACGGUUACGGUUAACCGUUCGGCCGGUUAUUACGGUUACGGUUAAUAACCGUAACCGUUGCAUGCCUACACCCAACAACAACAACUUUUUUCUUUCCUUCCUUUUUUUGUCGUAUCAUUAUGUUCUUUUGCAGUUGUCAUGAAAUGAUUAAUAGGUAUGCGGAAAAAAAAAUGCGUCCAAAAGUUGACGCUUUUUAGUGGACGGUUUUUGACGCUUUUUCGUCACAUCUUGGUAUGCUGUUUUGCUAGACGUUUUUCUUUUCUGCGCGAAUUUUCUUGUAUGUUUUCUUUUUACAUGGAAAAACAAAAUUUGAAAAGAUUUCUAAAUAAUAUUUUACUCAGUUUUGAACGCACUAUAUGUCGUUUCUGAGAUAAGCUAGUGCAGUGAAACGAGUCAUCUAUGCGGUAUACACUUAAAUACUAUACUUUGACGAAUUUUUGUGGACGCUUUUUUUAGUAUGUUUUUUCGUGGACGUUUUCUAGUAGGCGCUUUUUUGGACGCUUAUUUUGUCGCCGUGUAGGCAGAUUUGUAUAUUACGUUUCUUUUGUCUUUAGUUGAAGAAAAAGAAAAUAUCAAUGGUAUUGAUACGUAUCCAUAAAGAGUUACAAGAUUUAGAAAGAGAUCCACCAUGGGGGUGUUCUGCUGGCCCAAUUAACGAUGAUAUGUUCCACUGGGGAGGAUCACUUAUGGGUCCAUCUAAUACUCCUUAUGAGGACGGUGUUUUCUUUCUUUCAAUUCAUCUUUCAGCAGAUUAUCCGUUUACACAACCAAAAGUUAGAUUUAAAACACCAGUUUAUCAUCCAAAUAUCAGUUUAGAUGGUGCAAUUGGUAUUGAUAGUUUAAGUGAGAGUUGGUGUGCGGCAUGGACAAUUAGCAAAUGGUUACCAGCAAUUUUGUGCCUCUUAGGUUCUCCCGAUGUUGAAUCUGUUGGUAUCAAUAGAGAAGCUGAUGAUUUAUAUAAAAAAGACAGAAAAAUUUAA